AUGCUCCGUACCACCAUCCUCCGAUCCGCCGCUGCCGCGACACGGACCGCCGCUCGCCCUUUCCCCGCCGUUGCUUCCAGGAGAUUGGCCAUCGCCCCGGCGUCGAGAACGACCUCCUUUGUGCCCAAGGUAGCGGCGUGGCAAGCGGUGCGAUGCUACGCCUCGGGCAGCUCCCUCGACAAGACCGAGGUUUAUGAGCGCAUCAAGCAGCUCCUAUCCGGCUUUGACAAGGAGUUCAGCAUCGAGAUCCCUGACAAGGACGCCGACACCAUCCACAGCGUGGACAAGGCCGUCGAGUACAUCCUCAGCCAGCCGGACGCCAACUAA